UUCAUUUAAUGUUCUCUCUCCACCCUCUUCCAAUAGCUUCAUGUCUUCCAUGCCCACCUCCCCUUACUUUUUUCAUUGAUAUAUCAGUGUUGGUUUGCUCUCUUGUAUUGAUAUUCAGAUGACCCAUCUUUUUAAAAACCCUCCUUUCCCUCUCUACCCAUCUCUUACCUAACACAUAAAUCUUCCAACAUGUUCUUGCGUCUUCAAGAUCUAAACAAACCCAUUAGCAUACACCUUCCAUAACACAACUCUUCCAUAUAUGGAUCUUGUGAUAAAAAACUACAAUAUCCAUGGAUCCCAACCUCUCUCUCCCAACAAAACCCCACCAAGCUCAAUCUUUGGCACUCCUUUGCAUUCUUCUCCCACAAGUUUCCCAAUCAUAGCCAUUGCCAUUAUAGGCAUCUUAGCCACAGCUUUCUUGUUAGUCAGCUACUAUAUCUUUGUCAUCAAAUGCUGCCUAAAUUGGCACCGUAUCGAUCUUCUGAGACGCUUUUCUUUCUCAAGAAACCGACACCGCGAAGAUCCACUAAUAAUCCACUCUCCAGCAAUGGAAAACCGAGGACUAGACGAAUCAGUGAUCCGAUCAAUCCCAAUAUUUCAAUUCAAGAAGAAAGAAGAGAAGGAACAAAGCCAAACAAGUAGGUGUGAGUGCGCGGUUUGCUUGAACGAGUUUCAAGAAGAAGAGAAUCUAAGAGUCAUACCAAACUGUGGCCAUGUGUUUCACAUAGAUUGUAUUGAUGUUUGGCUGCAAAGCAAUGCCAAUUGCCCACUUUGCAGAAGAAGCAUUUCAGCUGCCACAACAUCAUCAUUUGCAGUGGAACAACACAAUACAGCUCCGAGCUCUUCAAGUACUCAAGAUCAAGAAAACAACUUAGAAAAUGAUGAAGAAUUUGUGGUCAUUGAGUUGGGAGAGCUAAGCAAUUAUAACGAAUCGUCGCUUGGGGAGCAAGAAAGAUCAAACUCAGGAGAAUUAUGGGCGCCAUCAAGUAGACGUUUCGACAAAGUGAAGAGACUCAAUCAUGUUCCGAGUAUAGGUGAUGAAUGUAUUGAUAUUAGACACAAAGACGACGAGUUUUCAAUCCAACCCACGAGGAGAUCUUUUUCGAUGGACUCAGCUGCCGAUCCACAGCUUUUUUUAGCAAUUCAAGAACUUGUACAACAGAAGAGACAUGUUAGUGAGGUUAGCUCAGUUAGACGGUCCUUAUUCUCAUUUGGGCAUGGAAGGGGAUCAAGAAGUACAAUUUUGCCAAUUCAUUUGGACCCAUAAAACCCAUGUUCUUCUUUUCUUCAUUCUAAAUUAGGUCUAAAUUAUAAAUUUUUUUGGGGUAGUUUUUAUUAUAUAGAUAUAGAGAUUUUAGAUU